AUGGCUUCGUCGUCAUCCUCGUCUGCACCGAAUCCAGCCAUGGCGGCGGCCGAUACACGAAUCGUCCAAACAGGCCCCAACCACAACAACCAGACCCAGCACCCUCCUCUCCAGUGCCCCCGCUGCAAUUCCUCCAAUACCAAGUUCUGCUACUACAACAACUACAGCCUCUCCCAGCCCAGGCACUUCUGCAAGGCCUGCAAGCGCUACUGGACCCGCGGCGGCACCCUCCGGAACGUCCCCGUCGGCGGCGGAUGCCGCCGGAACAAACGCCCCAAGCGGCCGCCGCCGCCGGACGGACCUCCCUCCGCCGCCCAACCCGCGGCUUCAAACCCUAACAAGGUAAAUAAUAGUAAUGAUAAUAAUCCGUCCCCACCUUCGGAUCGGCCUACCCAUAAUCCCUUGAUCUACGGUCUCCGGACGGGGAAUAACCUCCUCGACCCGCUUAAUUUUCCGUUUUCCGGCCUGGGCUCGACUAGGGUUUGCGAUGAGAAUCCGGGAUUCGAUUUUCGGCCUCAGGCUAACGGGUUUGGGCUAGGGUUUUCAUCUGGGCUUGUGAAUGGGCCGCCGUUGGGUUCGAGUUCGAGCCCACCACCGCCUUUCUCGUCGACAGCUGGCAACGGCUCGAUGGUUUUCGGAUCUUCGGCUGGUUUCGGGUCCUUGUUUUCUUCCACCAUACAGCAGCAGAGAUUCGGAGCUCAUGGUAAUGGGUCAUCGGGUUUGAUGCCUUAUAAUCAUGAAAAUGAAGUUACUGGUAAUAGUAAAGAUGUGAAGGUGGAAGGGGGGAACGGGUUUGGGUUUGGGCUUGGGUUUGGGUUGGGGAACCCGAGUCCAAUGGAUCAGCUUAAUGGGUCGGAUCCUUCGUCUCUUUUGUGGGCCACGACGAAUCUUGGUUCUUGGUUUGACCCGUCAAAUUCAACCAUGGGUUCUUCUUCGGUUUCCUCAUUGAUCUAG